GGUAUGCAGCUUAAAGUUGGUUGUGAUGCGCCAGAAACUGAGAGAAGAAGAAGCAGCAGCAGCAGCAUAACAUUGCACUGCACUCACAAAUGAUAUUAUAUCCAAUUUGAAGUCUUUUGAACGUAGAAGCUGUUUCAGUAGGUGUCUUGUACAGCAACGCCACAUAGUGCACUAGUUAUUAGUUUAGUAGCUCUUCGCUAGAGAGAGGAAUAAAGUGCUAAACACUUCAGCUACAGCAAUUUGCAGCAUCAGCGAAGACGUUAAGGACUUCAUUACAGCACAGAGCGGCAAAGAGGAACACAGACAAUAGAGCUUUUGUCUUGACAGUACACUGCAGUAAAAUAUGUCAGAUGCUCAAGAUCAAACUCACAGUCGCAAGGGCAAUAAAAGACCAGCAAGGAAGGUAAACCCUUCCACCAAACCCAAGAGACGCAGACCUUCCUCUCAGACACUAACAGACCGCACAAGGGUUCGAGUGGACAUUGGAAAUGCAUUUAAAAGGUGGCGUGCGCUGAAAGCGGCAAAUGGAUUGAAAUCUGAUGCAGAAGUGGCCCUGAAUCUGCUGGAUGCAAUGAAGAGGUUGCCCUCCAGGUCAGCUUCCCCUGAAGACAGUGAUAAAAAGAUUAAGUUCUCCCAAUCUGAGGUCGAAAUGUUGAUCGAACAGGAGGUUCACACUGCGUUGAAAAAGAAAGAAAGCAAGCUGCAGGGUUUGAUAGGAACUAUUCAACAGCUGGACCGUGCAGUAGACUAUGGAAACUCCAUGAAAAAACUGGAGGCUCGGAUUAACACGGUAACCAAGAGGACGGAAGAAGUUAUUGCCUACAUGACGAAGACACAGAAAAAGAGCCCAAACUCUGAAGUGGAAAACAUGUCACAGUUUGACCAAAAGAGCAUGGAGUGCGUGGACAAGAGCGGAGAGCUCUCUAAAAUUAUGGAAACAACAAAAAAGGCACUAAAUGAGAUCCGUGCUGAUAAUAACGCUUUGAAGGCUGCCAUAGCCGAUUUAAGUGAGGAGCUGCCUCCUCCGGUUCUUACCCCAUAUGGCUCUCCUGACUGUAAGGAACUUCUCCGGUUCAUAAAGAAAGAGCCACAAGAUACAGAGGAAAUACAGAACUACGUUGAGGAGUCCAAGCAGUGUGAGGAACCAGGGGCUAGUAGGGUGAAAGUAGAAUGUGUCUCUCCUGGCAAUAUCAACACUCCCAAGCACACAGACUCAAAGCAGGACGAGCUCUUGUUUCCUCCUCUCCCCUUCCAUCCCUUCCCCUCCACCCUGAGCAUGGAGGCGGCGUCAUACAACAUCCCCCAGAGACCAGAGGUACAAAUGGCUCUCAUCAGGAACCCCGCUGGCCUCUCUGUGCUCUGGGACGUGGCGGAGAAAGACCCCAGUGCGCCACCCAUGGAUAGUUACGGAGUCUUCAUGACUGUGGAGAAGGUGAAGGGUAGCAACGUCUUCCCAGAUUGGACUACCCUCGGUGAGGUGAAGGCCAUCCCUCUGCCCAUGUGUGCGAUGAUCAACAAGUACAAGCCCGGGCAUAAGGUGUGUGUCGCUGUGGUGGGCAAGGACACGUUCGGCCGGUUCGGACCUUACAGUAAAGUUGUAACCGCAGCCAUACCUGAAAAGACGACACAAGUGGCUACUUAAAGAGGGAUUUCCCCACUUUCCACAUGAACAAAACUAUUUUCAAGUGCCUCAAGGUUGAUAACAAGGAAAGCAUCGGGAGGAUACUGAUUCCUUUUUUUUGGUUGUCUUUGGAGACAAUGUUACCUACAUCAUUUUUUAAGUUUUUGA